AUGCUCAUUUUUCCUUCAUUUUCAGCCCUGGAACUCUACUCUGAAGCAAGGAAUUCACAAGAGGAGCUCAAUAUAUCCGAUGAGGAGAUAGCGCCUGAAGAGGAGGCACCUGAGGCUGACGAAACUCCAGACGAGGAGGAGGCAGUUGAGGAAGCAGUAGAGGAGGAGGAGCCUGAGCCAGAGGCAGAAAUCGAGGAACCUGAAGCUGAGGAAGAACUUCCUGUAGAAGAAGCAGAGGAAGAGGAACCUCCUGAAGAAGAAAUUGUGGAGGAGGAACCAGAAAAGGAAGAGCCUGAAACCGAAGAAGUUGAAGAAGAGCCAGUCCCAGCACCAAAAGCUGUGUCACCGAAAAAGGGAAAAAGUCUUGCUCCAAGCAAGACAAAGUCGCCCACGAAAAAGAACGCAAGAAAAGACAGGAAGGAGAAUCUAACUACAGAGGAUGAACACACUGAGGAGGAGUUAGUUGAAGAAACCACGGCUGAGGAGAGUGAACUUGAGGAAGUCGACACAGCAAAGGAAACUUCGGAACCCGAAGCAGAGGAGGAAGUAUCAUCUGAGGCAGGGCUUAACGCUGAAGAACUUCCUGCAGAGGAAGAAGAGGAGGAGGUACAAGAAGAACCUGCGGAGGAGGAGGAACUAGAUGAGGUUAGUAUGAACCUUUAUCAUUUGGAUCAAGAUCCUGGAAAGUCAAUAUAA